AUGGACUAUUCCAAGAGCCGCUAUGCCUUCCAAACCACACCUUCGGCCCGGCCGUCAUCUGCCUCAUUGUCAUCGAGAUGCUCCGUCUCUGAAGCGCGCCAACUAGCAUAUCAAAUAGGGACCAUGUCGCGGUCCAAGAUCCAGAAAGAAGCGGCCAAGACGGUCCCGCACCUCCAUAGACUCGUCUGCCACGCCGCCGUAUUUGACAAUGCCGCCAAGUUCAUCGUCGAGCACAUGCGCGACUACAGCGAACCCUCUUCUCCGCUGGCGAGCAUUGAAGAGGUAGAAGAUGUGGACGACGAAGACGACUUUAGCCUGGACGACAUUGUCGACAUUGUGCCCGAGGAUGAUGACGAUCUCGGGUCAGCAGCAUACGAUCCUUCUUUGCAUACGGCCCAAGUGGCUUCUUUCAAUGGCUACGCGCAGCUCAAAUCCCCGAGACUGUGUGGCGUCGUGGUGACGACGACAGUGGUGGGCAGCACGCGAGACAUCAGCCACUGGGAUGAGGCGGAGAGCGAUUCCAGCAGCAGCACCGAGUCUGAGGAGGAGGAAGAAGAAGAAGAAGACGACUCCGACUUCGACUUCCACUACGACUAUGCGGAUCCAGGCUGUUCUUACUUCUACCGCCAGUCCGAGAGACAUGCGGACUGGGAGUAUGCGCACACCACCUGCUCGAAACCAAACAAUCACACCGACGACGAUCAACUGCUGUGGUCCCAGCAACCGCGUGUCUGGUCGCCUCAACAAGCGGCCAAUAUAUUCGUCGAAGCCUUUGGCUGA